AUGGCCAAGUCGGUCGCCCAGACCAGCAAACAGAUGAAGCGCCGGUCCCCACCCAGGUACCAGCGCUGGGGAAUUGGUGUCAGUAGUCCAAUGCGUGGGGGUUUGCUCGGGCAGCUGGAUUCUUCUCGGUUUGUCACAAGGGAGGCCAAGCGUCAUGAACGACUUCCGAAAGCGGCAGUGGUCGGAGCGAGCGAGUCCGGGGAGCAGACGGCUGGCGAGGCCGAAGAUCCUAGCGCGGGCCAAUCCAAGCCGUUGGGUCCCAAUAUGGAGUGUGCCGCUGGUCUUGGCGGCCUGUUUCGUUCCGGGGUUGUGGCCUGCUGCUUUCAUUUGUCGUCCGUAACUGGAGAAAAAACUGCGGAGCCCUAA